CCCAGGGUGGCCUUGAACUUUGGAUCUUCCUGCCUCAGCCUCCCAGGAUGUGUGCCACCACACAAGGCUGGAAGGUGUAUUCUUGCCCUGGGCAGUGGCGGGCAGAGGAUCCUAUCUCUUAAGCCCACAGGAGCAGAGAUGGGCCAUACAGGGUCUGUUUUCCUCACACACGGCAUGAUUCAGCCCCGUUCACCCCUUGUUCUCCUGUCCCCUUUCUCUGGGUGCCAGGACCCCACGGUCUAAGCAUCUCCUGACCCCUGCCUGCUCCAGGCAGCCUCAGGACCGCCCCUCCCCCGAAGCUGGUCCCGUUUCCCUGUCUGUAAAGUGGUCUUCUUAAAUGGUAUGGGUGGCUUCUGCUAACUGGGUCUUGGCUAACAACGGGAGCAGUUUGGUUUUUCAGUCAACUUGGUAGAUGGUGAGCCCGCAGGCUGCAGGCUGUGUGGCUGGGGAUCUGGUAUUGACCAGUGGGGCCGGGCUUGUCCUCUGGGGUACAGAGGAGUGGAAAGUGGCUUAGGAGUAAACAAGUCAGUGGCCCCUCUGGUUCCGGGGCCAACCACAAAGAAGGAAGAAAGACUGGGGCCGUGGGGGGCGGGGUCUGCCCUCCGGGAGGGGAGGUGACACUGGGACAGCGACUUGAAGGAACUAAGAAAGUGCUGGGCCGGGGUGAGGCCUCUGGAGCCCUUGGGAGACCCCUGCUGGGCUGCCAGGCGAUCCAGUUCAAGGUCCACACAGGUCCACGCUUCCCAGGGGCUGCUGUAAAAACGGGGUGCGGCGGAUGUGGGGUGUUAUCAGCCCCAUCCAGCUGCUGGGUUGUAGGGUUGGGGUUCUCGCGCAUCAGGGCAGCCCAGAAGUGCUAGCCUGGGGUAGUUCCUGGAGCGCCCAGUGGUUGCCACUGUCCUGGAGGCUUGAUUUGCAGUGCUCAGCCUGCAGCUCCGGGCAGUGACUUUGCACUGGGUUUACUGACCUGUGACAUCAGCAGAGCAGUGUUUGUCUCCUGGAGGGGCAGUGUGAGUGACAGGGAGAUGAGCCCAACAUGGAGGAAACGCCCAAUGCGGGAAGUUGCUCUGAUCAGGAACGGCCGCUGCAGGGCUGCCUGCCCGCCCUGGCCUCCUCCCAGGUGAAGAGAUUCUCAGCUUCCAGGCGGAAACAGCACUUCAUCAACCAGGCAGUGCGAAACUCAGACCUGGUGCCCAGGGCCAAGGGGCGGAAGAGCCUCCAGCGGCUGGAGAACACCCAGUACCUCCUGACCCUGCUGGAGACAGAUGGCGGCCCUCCUCCCGGUCUGGAGGACGGGGACCUCACACCUGCUGCGGCUCCAGGCAUCUUCGCGGAGGCCUGCAGCAAUGCCACCUACAUGGAGGUAUGGAACGACUUCAUGAACCGCUCUGGGGAGGAGCAGGAGCGGAUGCUGCGCUACCUGGAGGACGAGGGUCAGAGCAAGGGCCGGAGGAGGGGGCCGUCCCGCGGGGAGGAUCGCAGGAGAGAGGACCCGGCCUACACUCCUCGCGAGUGCUUCCAGCGCAUCAGCCGGCGCCUGCGAUCUGUGCUAAAGCGGGGCCGCAUCCCCAUGGAGACCCUGGAGACCUGGGAGGACCGGCUGUCGAGGUUCUUCUCUGUGUACCCUCAGGCCGUGUACACAGCUAUGUUGGACAACAGCUUCGAGAGGCUGCUGCUCCACGCCGUGUGCCAGUACAUGGACCUCAUCUCAGCGAGUGCCGACCUGGAGGGCAGGCGGCAGAUGAAGGUCAGCAACCGCCACCUGGACUUCCUGCCCCCGGGGCUGCUCCUGUCAGCUUACCUAGAGCAGCACAGCUGAUGGCGGCUGCGCUGAGCCCCUGCCUCUGCCAUGCCCAGACCUCCGAUGCCAUCUGCUGUGACACCUUCCCUGUUUUUAAACUUUAUCCUUGGAAACCA